GGAACAGCAGCCUUAGUCAUGGUUUUCCUGCUAAGGCUGCACACACACACACACACCAGCUCCUCUGCUGGCACUACACUCCAACCUCUGUCUUUUUCAACCUCAUUGUAAGCCCAAAUGGAUUUUAUGAUAUGAAGAAUUCUCAUCUAUAGCAGUGACUCCAAGAUAAUGGACUUCUGUGUGCAGUAGAGGACACGAUUGUCAUCUGAUAAACAAAAGGUGUCUGUGAGCAUCUGCCUGGGAUGGAUAGCCAUGUGGAGGAGCUUAAUGGGACUGAGCUGGAGGGACAAAGCUUUCUGCACUUCAAUCCAACAACUCUUUCCACUGGGGCUGCUGCAGCUUCAUCCAGCCGUACUGAAAGUGUCUAUGUCUAUCUUUCUAUUUUCCUUAGCUUGUUGCUCUUCCUUCUCACGCUCCUUAUCAUCACCCUGCACAGGCUAAAAAACAUCAUCUCGUCUAGUUCAUCCUAUCCAGAGUGCAGCAGUGAGGCAGGCAGUUCUUUUACCAACAUGGAGAUCUGUAGCCUGUCUUCACAGAGAUCAGCAGUGUCUUCACUGUCCUGCUAGUAACACACAUGAUGGUAACAAACAAUAUGACUUAAGGAUAUAGCAAAUGCAACUGUUUUAUAAUACUAUUUUUUAUGACUUAUUCUUAUAGUAUAAACAACCAUUAUAAACAAAAUUGACAGUAAUUUAAAAAAUGUAUAUUAGUUAUAAGGAAAGAUAAAAUGCCCAUCUUUAA